CGCCACGCAGCGUAAUCAGACAGAGGCAGGCCCACACAAGUGAAUGCUGCACCGCAGCAGGAAGAAGGAAUCACCUCCCACUCCAAGCACAUGUCAGUCCUGACUGAGCGGCGGUGCACGGAGGCGAUUUAUCUGACCACACACCUGCCUCAGCUGAAACUCUGCCAGCUGCAGAAACAUGGAGUGUCAGUGUGACCAAGACAGGUCUCAGGAUGCAGGCUGGUGGAUGAGCGGCAACAGCCUGCAGAUGGGAGUGUUCACCGUGGUGGGGUAUCUUCUGUACAGGUUCUCACAGACUCUCCCAGCUUUGAUCCGAUGGCCGAUUCGCCUCUUCUGCUCUUUAACUGGUCUGACAGCUCUUUGGGGUUGGGUGAGCCGCCUAGUGGGAACUCUCCGCGGAAUUCGGAGCCUUUGUAAAUGGCUGUCUCGGAUCUGGAGAUUCUUUGUAGGGUCGUCUGGAGAUGAUUCAUCCAAUGCACAGACUGAUCCGAACAGCAGUGUGAGGCUGAUCCUCCUGGGACACGCCGGCAGCGGACGGACUUGCCUGGCAGAUACUCUCCUGGGCAACACUAAGACACUGGCACGCACGGGUCAAAUAGAGAGCAACAUGCGCAGGACAGUGGUGGACGGUAAAGAUCUCACGGUGAUCGAUACCCCAGAUCUUUUGGGGGGUUCUCUGAGGAAAGAAACCCGAGCCAAGGAAGCUCUGAGGAGCCUCCAGUUCACCAGUCCAGGCCCUCAUGCCUUUCUGCUGCUGAUGCAGGCUCCAGGCUCCAGCAUGGGGACAGACCCGGACGCAGCCCAGUUGAUCCGGGCUGCCCGGGAGCUGUAUGGAGAGGCGGUCUCGGGGUACAUCAUCCCGGUGCUCACGCAUGCAGACCGUCUGGGGAAAAAGGCCUCUGUGGAUGAGCUUCUGGAAGCGGACGCAGGGAGUCUUAAAAAGGCGUAUUCCUUAUGCAGCCAGAAACCCGAGCUGGUGGGCAACGGGCCAAGCUGCCCCCCGGAGGCUCAGAGUACGACUCGCAGGAACCUGGUGGCGCGUGUGAUGGAGCUCCGGGGGCAGAGGGGGCAUUUCAUCCACGAGCUGCAGAGGACGGAGGACCGCUACAGGGAGGAGCUGCUGGCCGACAUGGCCGCUGCACUGGCAAAAAAACUGGGACGGGCAUGAAUAUUGGUGUAUGUAUGUGUGUGUGUGUGUGUGUGUGUGUGUGUGUGUGUGUGUGUGUGUGAUCAGAGAAGCCAUUCAUUCAUGCCUUCCACACAAUUUUGACUUUCCAGUGAAAGGCUGAUUCUGUUCCUGGAGUAUUUUCGUCACUGCUCCGGUUGACCGCCGUCCACAUGAAUUUACAACCGCUGGCCGUGUCUUGGCUUUCGGCAUGCCACGGAUGCUUUUGGUUAGAUAUCACAGUCGCACGCGCAUAACGCUCCCCUUUAUGAUGACUUGUACGUCUUGUGUGCGGCUUGUGGCUCAUGUUUUCAUACUCUGCUCCAGUGCUUUGCCCUCCUUACAGCUUCCAUAAUUUAUAAGAGGCAUCAAACUUUAAAGAUGAUCAAGCAAAAUUCAGCUCAGCUCUGCAGUUCAGUGGGAUGUUACUGCUCUCCAAAAGUCUUUGAGACUGCAUUCAAAGAGUUUAACAAUAGUAUUUACUGCCCCAGAUUCAGUUACUAUCAACUGUAUCUGUGUAGUUGUGGUCCAGAAAUUGCUGUAAUAGUUUGAUGGUGAACGCUUACAUGAUGUAAACAGAUGGAUGUUGUUACAGGUAUACUCAGAGGAUGUUUGAAUUAUUUGAAGAGCUUGUGAUCAACCCGUAUCAGUUUCUAUAUAUGUUGUAUAUAUAAAGAAUUUUUCCUGGCAGACAAACAAUUUCAAUGAGGAUCUCAAGCCACAGAGUGAAUAUAUUCAUAUGUAUAUCAUUUUUAACAGGUAAAUCAGUGGAUUGCAUGCCUCCAGACACACACACGCGCACACACACACACACACACACACACACACACACACCAGUACAACCAGAACAACCAAAUAUUAUCAACCUAAAU